GUGGCUGCAGGAGGAGGAGGAGGAGGAGGAUGAAGAAGAGGCUGCAUCCAGCUGCUUUGUGGCCGCCUCGUCUGCGUCUCUCCGCGGUCAAAGAACAGCAGCAGCACCGCUAACGCCGGCGGAGCGCAGGGCUGCGAGUCGGCGAUGGAGCCAGCGGCCGCCUUCGGUGCCGCCAAGGCCGGGAACAUCGCCUUCGACCCGGUCGCCUUCUUCACGCAUCCUCGGACCAUCUUGAGGCUUCUGUCGUGGGUGUUCUCCAUCGUGGUGUUCAGCUGCAUCGUCAACGAGGGCUACAUCAACAUCGGCAGCGAACGCUUGCUCUGCGUCUUCAACAACAACGCCGACGCCUGCAACUACGGCGUCACGGUGGGCGUGGCCUGCUUCCUGGGUAGCAUCUGCUUCCUGGUCCUGGACGCUUACUUCCCGUCCUUCAGCAGCCUGCGGGACAGACGGCGCGCCGUUCUGCUGGACCUCGUCUUCUCCGGCCUGGCCAGCUUCCUGUGGUUCGUCGCCUUCUGCUUCCUGACCAAUCAGUGGCAGGCGACGUCUCCCGAUGAGCUGCCGCUGUCGCAAGGCUCCGACGCCGCCCGGGCAACCAUCGCUUUUUGCUUCUUCUCCGUCCUCACGUGGGCGGUCCUGACGCUGAGCGCGCUGCGCCGCUAUUUGUCCGGCUCCCACGCCAACCUGUUCACCUGGCAGCACCUGGACCCCGCCCCCGGCCACGCCCACGCCACGCCCUACCCCAUCGCCAACGGCGCCACCAUCGUGACCACCAAGCCCUACCAGGCCCCGCCCUUCACCGAAACCCUGGACCCCCAGAAGCUCACGCAGCAGCACAGACCGGUGGCGCCCGCCUUCUAGAGACCGCGGCGAGGAGGGCGGGCUCCCCCAACCCCCUCCGUUACCAUGGCAACCGCUGGCUCAACUUAGAUCGCUUUGUCCCUCUGUGUCUUCACGCGCACACUCGCCGACACAACACACACACACACACACACACACACACAAAUUGGUCUCAUACACGCUGGCUGACCAAUCCCACGCAUCCCAUUGGCUGAAAAUGUGAUUGACAGGCAGCUUGACCAAUAGGAAGCGUUUCGCUUCCUCGUAGAGAGCAGGCCAGCCUCCUGUGAAAUAUUCAUGUGUUCAAUGUUUGAUUGUCUUUUCCUCAAGUGUGGGAUGGAAAAUGUCAUCAAAUAAAAGCAUUUAAAAAAAAAAGGUUGUAAAAUAAAAGCAUUAAAAAAAUGUAAUAAAAUAAAACCGGCUUCACGAUCAAAGAAAGGCUUGCAAUUUGUUGU